GGAAGAUGUUUUCCAGCUUGUUGGAGAAAAUGGAGCUGUUCAAACAAGAAACCAUGCAGGAUCUCGUCAAAAGGGAACAUCAACUAAGCUUCACUAGGCAGAAGAAUGCAUUUGAAAAUAUUAACAACAAUCCAGCAAUGGAUGCACCCAGUAUUCCAGAAGAUGAGAGUGAGAAGAAAAGCAGUACACAGUUUCAUGAGAUAGUAGAGGCCUUAAACACGUACCUGAGCCCUUUACUACUACAACUGGAAGUCUCUCUGCCAAGACAGCCAUCUACACCACUUUCAUCCAGCGAGUCAGUACGAGCAAAGUCAAGAGAGAAGGAGGAGAAGCCAGCAUCAAGUGCAUCAGUAGAAGUGGGAGAUUACAUAAUAUUAUUGGCUGACAGAUUUCUUCAGCAGAUGCCCCUGGAAGCGCUGGCAGUUUUCAAGGAUGAUAGUGGGAACUCUGUGUCUAGAGACUUUUCUCUUCAAUUACUGUAUAACCGGAUUCAUACAGAGCAGACAGAAGAAGGAGAAUUAAAGCGAGAGGUGAAGAGUGCAAAAGAAUCCAAACAGAAAAAAAAUAUAAAGACUAUACCCAUCAAUCGAGAUCUGCCAGCUAACUGCAUGCCAGUCGAAACCCACCGAUUCAAGUAUAUUGUGGAUCUUACAAUGAAAUACUAGAACCAGAAACACUCAGCCCAGCCUACAGAAUAAAUGAGGUACUUGUAAAGUAUGGACAGCAAUUUACAGCUCAUUGGGAAGGAAUUAUCGGCAGCACACGCGUGUGCCCAGCCAUGCAGAAUGGGAAAAUCCUCAUGGCCAGUUGCAGUGCAUUCAUUUUCUAUGGUGCCGAGAAAUUUCUGGCUCAUGUAAUGCUGGAUAAAAUUCUUGUCAUGGAUUUUACAGGCUGUCAGUUGAUGAUUCUUUUAGACCAGGUGCGCACAAGUCAGAGUUUUUCAAGGCAAUCAACCAUCGAUGUACAAAAGAGUAAAAGUCAAUUGAGACUAGAAAGACCAAUGGAGACGGCCCUCCUACUAAGUGUAGCAGGGGUUCGCUCUAUAAUGCUCAACCAGUGGAACACAAGUGUGGAACAGAACGCUAGAAGAUUGGACUUCCUCUCAGAGUAUCUGCUAGCACUUGGGAAGACCACUGGGCAGACUGUACACAGCCUGCAAAAACUCAAGAGUUGCUCAGAAGUGAAAGAAGGAGAUGUCUCUGAAGAAGAACGUAGUUCAAGGAAUCCAUCAGUACCUGGUGCAGACUCAUACUUUUUUAACUAUACACUGUAUGGCCUGCCCAAUAUGGUGGUUAUGUAA